AUGGGAAGAGAAAGUGAGCCGCAGUGGCCCAUCUUCAAGAUCAAUCACCAGAGGAGCCGAUACUUGUAUGAACUCUACUACAACAAGGAGAUCUCCCGGGAGCUGUAUGAGUUCUGCCUUGAUCAGGGCCGUGCUGACCGUAACCUCAUCGCCAAGUGGAAGAAGCCAGGCUAUGAACGUCUGUGCUGCCUGCACUGCAUCCAGACACGAGAUCACAACUUCGUAACCACCUGUGUCUGUAGAGUUCCUAAGCAUCUGAGGGAAGAACAGGUCAUAGAUUGUGUUCACUGUGGAUGCAAGGGCUGCGCCAGUGGUGAUUGA